AUGGAAGUUUACUGUGGGAGGAAUGUGAAUCCUGGUGUUCCUCUUGCCACUACUGUUGUUAUGAGCCUUAUGAGUGGAUUACUAAAUGAGAGCAGAAUCUUAUACACAGACAAUUUUUACAGAAGUGUUCAUCUAGCACACCAGCUUCUUGAACAAGCAACAUAUUUAGUUGGUACUCUAAUAUCAAACAGAAAGCUGAAUCCUCAAGAUGUGGUACAGGCAAAACUGAAGAAGGGGGAACACAAAGCAAAGGAAAGUACCAGAGGUGUAGUAGUACUGAAGUGGAAAGGUAAGAGGGACGUUCUGAUGCUGAGUACUGUUCAUGGAGAAGUAGAAGCAGAAGUUCAAACCAGGAAGGGCACAAAGAAAAAACCAGCAAUGAUAAUUGACUAUAAUCAGUCAAAGUCUUUUAUAGAUAUUUCUGACCAAAUGAUGUCAUACUCGCAUUGUCUAAGGUGGGGUGUGAAAUGGUACAGGAAGCUUGCAAUUGAAUUGUUGGCAGAGUCAGCACUGGUAAAUGCUCAUGUGAUUUACCAAUACAUCAACAAUAAGAAGAUCUCAAUCACAGAUUUCAAGGAGGAAGUGACUUUGAGACUACUCCAUACAGAAUAUGCCGAUGAGCCUGAGACAUCUCUUACCAAAGCCAAUGCGUUGCCUGCAGAUUGUGCACUUGUGAACAUGGGAGCAGCUAGAUGUAGGUGA